CGUAUGCUGGUGAUUCACCGUGUGUGGGGGAAAGAGGACUCUUUCCAAGAACGUUGACACACUUUGGACGUCUGGCUCUCAUCCUGCAGCAGACUGUGCCAUGGAUUAUGUUCUACACAUUGCAGACAGUUACAUCUUCACUCCCUACGUUUACCCGCCCUCAUGGCCCGAGGACGAGGCUCUGCGUCAGGUACUCAGCCUGUGGGUGGUGACCAACCUGGGAGCACAGCUGAUUUACUUUGUCUUUGGAGCUCUCAGCUUCUACUGUGUGUUUGACCAUAAGCUCAUGAGACAUCCACACUUUGUCAAGAACCAGGUGAGAAAGGAGAUCCAGCUAGGAACCACCUCCAUCUUCUGGAUGAGCUUCCCCACAGUGGUCCUUUUCUUCUGGGAGGUCAGAGGUUACAGCAAACUUUAUGACAAUAUCGGUGAAUCUUCUCUGGGCUGGCCAGAGCUGUUCCUGAGCAUCCCAAGUUUCAUGAUCUUUACUGACAUGUGCAUCUACUGGAUACACCGAAUUAUGCACCACAAACAUAUUUACAAGCACCUCCAUAAGCAGCACCACAUUUUCAAGAUCCCCACGCCCUUUGCCAGCCAUGCCUUCCACCCACUGGACGGCUUCCUGCAGAGCUUACCUUAUCACGUCUACCCAUUCAUGUUCCCCCUCCACAAGGUUGUGUACCUCUCACUCUUUAUCUUUGUCAACAUCUGGACCAUUUCCAUUCAUGAUGGAGACUACCGCGUCCCCGGCCCGCUCAUAUGCCUGAUCAAUGGGGCUGCACACCACGUCGACCAUCACCUCUUCUUCAACUACAACUAUGGUCAAUACUUUACGCUGUGGGAUCGACUGGGGGGCUCCUACCGCUAUCCAUCAGCCCUGCUGGGGAAGGGGCCGCACGACCACGUUCGUAAACUCAUGGCAGAAGCUGCACAAACUCAAUGAUGGAAGAGCUACAGUCAGAAUUUUACACCUGUAAGGGAGGCGGUUUUUACAGAGACAUGGUCCUAAAUUAUUGUUGAAGGAGAUGAUCCCAUCAGAUGCAGAAUGAGCUAUCAGGAGCAAAUUAAGAAAGUGAGGACAAAGAGAGAGGAGGGGAUGACACCAAAGCCUCAAAGCUUGCAUGACUUCAGUGUUGGAGCGUGUUGUUUCAAACAACAAAUGUCAAACAACUGAUGACGUUC